AUGUCACUAGCUAAUUCUCUUCAAAAACGCCGGCUUAGGCUCAUUUGCAUUUUAUCUAGUUUGAGCGGACCCUUAUACAGUUUUUUUUUCUUUUCUAAAUGCGGUCGUUUUCUUUCUUUGUUACUCCUUCUUACAUUAUUUCUUUCUUUUGCAUGGAGCAGUUUUUUUUUUUCAGAGUUUUCCCUCGUUCUCUUUCUUUGUCACUACUUCUUAUAUCUAUUUAUUUCUUUCCUUCAUGAGUUUUUUCUUUUCUUUUCUAAAAGCAUUUUAGUCUUUUUUCUUGGCUUCCCUCGACAUUUUGAUUUUUUUCGAAAAGCGGUCAAUCUCUUUCUUUGUCACUCCUUCUUACAUUUUUUCUCCUUGCAUUCAAUUUACUUAGUUAUCUUUGCUUACUUGUUUCUUUUUCAAAACUUUCUUCCAAUUUUUCCUUAUUUCUCUACUCUCGAUAUCUUCUUUCCUUUUUAUCCUCCGCUAUUUUCUUUUUCUUUCGUAAUCUUUGUUUUCUUCUUCUUCUUCUUCUUCUUCUUCUUCUUCUUCUUCCUCUUCUUCUUCUUCUUACUUUCUUUCUUCUUCUUACUUUCUUUCUUUCGGCAAUUACAUUGCCAUGUUUCGAAACAUUCAUAUUUUCAAUCUUUUUUCUUCCUCGUUUCUACUUUAUGCCUCACUCUCUUCUUCGUCUCUCGAAAGGAUUGUAUUUUUUUCUCCUUUUUCUCUCUACUUCAUAUUUUCUGCUUUUCAUUCUUUUUUCUGCAAAAAAUUUUCUCCUUUCCGAAACAUUGUCUUCUUUUCUUCUCUUUUCUCCUUUUACUCUUUCCCGCUUCUUUUUUCUUCCAUUUUCUUCUAUUUUUUUUUUCACUUUACGUCUUUUUUCUCUUUUCUUCUUUUCUUUUCUUUUUCUCUUUUAAUCUUUUCUUCUCUUUUCUCUUUUCUUCUUUUUUCUCUUUCUUUCUCUUUUUUAUUUUUUCUACUUUUCUUCUCUUUCCUUCUUUUCUUAUUUUUCUACUUCUUUUCUUUUUCUUUUUUCUCUUUUCUUCUCUUUUUCUCUUUUCUUCUUUUCUCCACUUUUCUCUUUUCUUCUUUCUUUUCUUCUUUCUCUUUUUCUUUUUUUUUCUUUUUUCUCUUUUCUUCUCUUUCUUUCUUUUCUUUUUCUCUUUUCUCCUCUUUUUCUCUUUUCUUCUUUUCUUUUCUUUCUUUCUUUUCUAA